AAUCUUCUUCCCCUGUCCUUUGGACCUUAUCUCUCAUGGCCGUCACUGGCUCUCCCGACUGGUCACUGCCUCCAUCAACCUCUUUCAGAAAAUCCCAUCUCAUCAAUUUCAUCCCCACCUCUAAUCUCUCUUUCCUUUUCUCUCUUCCCACUUCAAAUCUUCGAUCCCUUCAUCUCAAGUCCUCCGGUUGCCCUUCCCCAAUCUUAGAACAAUCCUCCAUUGCCUUACCCGACAUCCAUUUGGACUCUAAUCUUCAAGAUAUUCAACUUCCCUCGUUGCCCACCGUUGAAGAUUUGAAUGAUUUCUUAUGUGGGUUGUCGCAAAACCCAGGAAGCGAGGAUUUGAUCUAUGAGUACUAUGUGAAAGCGAAGGAGAAGGCAGGGUUUAGACCUGAGAAAUCGACAUUGCGGCAUCUAAUCAGGUACUUAGUUCGAUUGAAGAAGUGGGAUCUGAUUUUGUUAGUUUCUAGGGAUUUUGUGGAUUAUAGUGUUUGCCCUGAUAGAGAUACUUGUUCUAGAUUGGUUAGUAGUUGUGUUAGAGGUAGAAAAUUUAAAGUUGUUAAGGCUCUGCUUGAGGUUUUUGAAAAGGAUAGUGAUGUUGCUACGGCUGCUUUUGAAGCUGCCAUGAGAGGCUACAAUAAGCUUCACAUGUACAAAAGCACUAUUCUGGUUUUUCAGCGGUUGAAAUCUGCAAGAAUUGAAGCAGAUUCUGGAUGUUGUUGCAGGGUAAUGGAAGCUUAUCUUAAACUUGGGGAUUCUGAGAGGGUUAUGGAGCUGUUUAAUGAAGUUGAGAGUAGGAUUUCAGAUUUUACGCCCUUUUCGACCAAAAUUUAUGGGAUACUUUGCGAGUCCUUAGCGAAAUCAGGGCGAGUUUUUGAGUCGCUUGAGUUUUUUAGAGAUAUGAGGAAGAAAGGGAUUGUAGAAGACUACACCAUUUACUCUGCUUUGAUAUCUACUUUUGCUAGCAUCCAGGAAGUUAAAUUAGCUGAAGAUCUUUACAAUGAGGCAAAAGCCAAGAAGUUGUUGAGAGACCCUGCAAUGUUUCUAAAGCUCAUAUUGAUGUAUAUUCAACAAGGGUCAUUAGAGAAAGCACUUGAGCUUGUUCAAGUGAUGAAGGACUUUAAAAUUGGAGUGUCCGACUGUAUUUUCUGUGCAAUUGUCAAUGGUUACGCCACGAGAAGGGGCUAUAAUGCUGCAGUUAAGGUUUACGAGAAGCUGAUCGAAGACGGAUGCGAGCCGGGACAAGUGACUUAUGCCUCGGCAAUCAAUGCCUACUGCCGUGUCGGACUCUACUCGAAAGCAGAGGACAUGUUUGGAGAAAUGGAGGAGAAAGGGUUUGACAAAUGUGUAGUUGCUUACUCUAGCUUGAUAUCAAUGUAUGGAAAGACGGGGAGGUUGAAGGAUGCAAUGAGAUUGUUAGCAAAGAUGAAAGAAAGAGGGUGUCAGCCAAAUGUUUGGAUUUACAACAUCUUGAUGGAAAUGCAUGGGAAGGCUAAGAAUUUGAAGCAAGUUGAGAAGCUAUGGAAGGAAAUGAAGCGCAAAAAGAUAGCACCUGAUAAGGUUAGUUAUACAAGUAUCAUAAGUGCUUAUGCCAAGGCAUCAGAAUUCGAGACGUGCGAACAAUAUUACCUUGAGUUUCGGAUGAACGGGGGCACUAUCGAUAAGGCGAUGGCGGGAAUCAUGGUUGGCGUGUUCUCGAAGACAAGUCGGGUUGAUGAACUGGUGAAGCUUCUUAGGGACAUGAAGUUAGAAGGAACACGGUUGGAUGGGAGGCUGUAUAGGUCAGCCUUGAAUGCUUUGAUGGAUGCUGGGUUGCAAGUGCAAGCAAAAUGGUUGCAAGGUCAUUAUGCUGGAAAAUCAGGCUUUGUUUAAACUGAUUGACACUGGUUUGGUAUAAAGCACUGGAGUGAAAAAAAAUUUCAUGAUGCCCAAGAGAUAUACUAUUUAUUCUAAUUAGAUUUCCAUAAAUCUCUACACAUUAAUUUAUACGAUUUGAGGAGUUCAUCUAAAAGAAACAAAGGGUGGAAAAUUAUUGAAGGCAAUCCAAUCGAAGAAACUGGAAAAAGAUCAUAUUUGGAAGAUUAUAUACAAUGACGAGAUGGAGAAUGGUAAACUUCUUAGAGAAAGAAAAAGGAAGUAAUUUGUGAGGGUGAAGAAAAAAUAGUGAUGACUUUGAAGGAAUUGAGAAAAAACAUUUGAGAAAUCAAAGGUUUCCAUUCAGAUAAAGGAUUGGCAAUUUUGAAGUGAUUGUAGACUUUGUUGUUCAAUAGUGGAUGUUGAUUCCAAUCUCUCAGAUAUAAAAGCAUCUGUUUGGCUUUGUACAUGUCAUGACAACUAUAUUAGCAUAACGAUGGUCUUCGAUCAAAGAUUAUUGAAGAUGGAGGGCAAUUGUCUUCAAGUACAAGGUAUUUUGUGCAUAAUUUUAUUUCCCGAAGUUGUUUUCUGGUCAAGUUAGUACAAAGUAUUUUGUGUGACUCAAGUUAAGAUUUUAUUUUUUAGUAUAUAGACAUAUUUGCAUACUCAAUUUGAUAAAGAUUUUAGAUAUUACAAGGUAUUUGUGUGGUUCAGUCCAACCAGGAUUUAAAUUGC